GGAUUGCGUGCGGCGGUGUAUACUGUUAUUUGGAAUGACACGGCUUGUGGACCGGAUUCUGUACGAGCUGCUUUAGGGAACUACGUAGCAAAUUGCAUCUUAAAGAGCAGGCUGCGUAGGUGGAUCCUGUGGCGGACUUUGUGCAUCCUGCAAAUGCAGUAGAUGAUCCAGAGACAAAGCCUGAAGUCUGCACUGCAAACAUGCCAGAGUCUUCCCUGGUCAAGGACGUUCGCAGUAGCUCUGUUGAAUGUAGAGCAUCCCCCUUGAGACAGUUUAGCCAAUCAUCACUGCUGCUGCACAGGAACUCCUACAUGCUCGGUAACUUCUGCACAGAGCACAAUGCGCAAGAAUGUCUAUCACACAUCAAUCAGGAAAUGUCAUCUCUUGGGCUUCCACCAGUUUGGACAGAGUUGGGCGAAAGCACAGGGCUGAAUAUUGUGGCUGUGCUAAAUUGCAUGUACGACCUGAUUCAGCUGCACCACAGGAGCCUCAGAACACUGGAAAACAUGGAAGUGGAGCAGCUUAAGUCUAGCAGCAGUAUUGACCACCUGCAGCUCACCAUCACUCGUCUAAAGGAGCAGCUUGAACUCUCUAAAAGAGAAAACACGGGACUUCUUGAGAGAGAACGCCAGCUACAGCUGAAAGUGAAAAGUUUGCAGAAUUGUCUGAAGAAUGAAAAAGAAGAGGUGCAAAAACUUCAGAACGUUAUUGCAAGCCGGGCCAGUCAGUACAAUCAUGAGAUGAAAAGGAAGGAAAGAGACUUUAAUAAACUGAAGGAACGACUGAAUCAACUGCUGGUUGACAAAAAGGAGAAGAAACAGGCCAUUGAUGUAUUAAACAACAUUGGGAGAGCUGAUGGGAAGAGAAGCCUUUGGAAAACUGAAAAGACAGAAGCAAAGCACGAAGGGGAAAUGUAUAAGACUCUGCUGAGCGACUAUGACACUCGACAGAGGGAGCUUGUGCUGGAAAAUGCAGAGUUGAGCAAAGUGUUGCAGCAGAUGAAAAAAGACAUGGUGUCCAUUCUGAGUUCAAGAAAACCAGCUCUGAAAGAAGACAAACAUGAACACAGUGGCAUACAGGCCACAUCAGAGGAGGAAGAGGAAGAAGUGUUUGAUUCCAGUAAGGAAAGUGUAGAGCUUUAUUGCCUUCAUGCCCGGGAGAAACUGACCAACAGUAUUCGGCUCCAGUGGAGAAGACUUAAGAGCCACGUUGAAAGACUGGACAGCCAAGUAUCCUUGGUUCAGACGGUGGAGAGUAAAAACACUGAUGCUGUUCUGCAAGAGACUCACGAGGAAGAGAUGGACAGACUAAAGCUGGAGAUCCAGCAGUGCAAAGACUUCAUUCAAACACAGCAGCAGCUCCUACAGCAGCAGCUCAGCUCUCCAUGCGAUGAGGAAACUGCAUCCCUGCUAAACAAUUGCUACAUGCUUCAAGAGAAGGAGCGCCUCAGGGAGGAGUGGAAGACCCUCGAGGAGCAAAGGAAAAUCUUUGAGCGGGAGAGGAGGAAUUUCACAGAAGCUGCCAUCAGACUGAGCCAUGAGAGGAAGGCCUUCGAGGAGGAUCGAGCAACAUGGCUCAAGCACCAGUUUUUAAACUUGAGUCCAUUUGCAGACUCAAAGAAAACCCCCUUGUUAAAGUCUAAGAGUGCCUUUUUGAUAUCAGCUGAAACAGAGGCAGCUGCAUCACUGGGUCCAGAAAAGCUCAUCAAAUGCCAUUCAGACACAGCCUCCCCCACACCCGGAUGUGUCCCGCUCACAUCUCCUUCCACAGCUGACCUGUAUCACACGCUUUGCCUUAUCCCAGAAAACAGCUCUUUGCAACCGAAGAGAAACUGUGAACGUGUGGAGGAAUCGAGCGUUUUUUGUGGAGAUUUUUCAGUCCAGCACCAACAGCGGGAAAACAGCGAGGACCACAACAGCCACACGAUCUCACAGGAGAAGAACAGCUCCAUCUGAAGCCAAAAACUCUCAUCACAGUCAGACUGAUUGUUAAUGUCCAGUGUUUAUGUCUCAGAAAUGCAUCUGUGGGUGAAUGCUAAAUGCCCAAAGAUGGAUUGUAAAACAAUUAAACAAUUUAAGAAGGAAAGAGUGUUAAGAGUGAAGUUCUGGUUAGCUGGUUUGCUCCAUCUGAUUGUUUAUUGUGUAUUACUGCCUAUAGUAUGUGGUUAGUUUACUUAUAUGGUACUGUAAAUCAUGAAUUGGCAGCCAUAUCUUACAUUUAGAAUCUUUUUCUCAGGCUUAUGACAGCUUUUUUCAUUAGUGCGGGUGUGCAACAAAACAUCACUGGUCCUUAUAAGGACAUGUUGCCAGGCUGUUCACUUUGGCUGAGGCUGCAGCUAAAUGAUGACGGAUAUCAUGUCACGGCUUUUCAAGUUAUUCUCUCAUGAUAAACUUGUCAGCUGUCACAGAUGUAGAAUGUAGAUUUAAUGCUGCUGUUUAUCUCAAUGCAAUAUGUGACUGUAUAAAUGAAAUGAGGUAUGUUGUUUUUUAAGCUUUAGUAUUGAAAAUGAGGCUGAUUAACAGCGAUUUUUAGUAAAUGUUGCUGUUAGGUUAGUAGCAGGUAGUAUAUAUGGUACUUUUGAAUAGGAAGAAAUGUAACAGCUAACAUAAUUUACAUAUUAUGUAGAGGAUAUUGAGGUUAGAUCACUGUGAUGUUAAUAUGAAACAAAUUGCUCCUUUAAUGUUGCUUUUCUUUUAGGAGCUUUGUAUUGACAGAUGGCAAUUAGUUGCCACUCAGACGUUGUAAGAAAUCUUAUUUUGUUGAACCAUUUAUUAUACUUUUACAAGUUAUCAUUUGGCUUCUUGCUUCUUGUGGCUGUUCCUGUUCAUUUGUGGUAGCCUGUGACUGAAAAAAAAAAAAAAAAACCACUAUGAAAAAGGAUUCCAUGGCACCAAUGAUAGUAGGAAUUCAAUAGGUGUGUCUAUUAAAGAGAUAACAUCUAA